AUGCCUCAAGAGUCAAGCACUUCGCCGUGCCAACUCCACACGACCGUUUCCAGUUCAUCGGUUACGGCUACGCCGGACAAAAAGAAUAUUGCCGAAGCUUUCAACAAGACGCUUGAAAAGAUAACCAAUAAAAUCAAUGAAGUGUCCCUUGAUAUGACCCCUGCCGGAAAACAGUUACCGCAGAAUAGCUGCUUGAAGAUCAGCCCUGCCGACUCGGAUAGAUCAGAAUCAUCGGGUCACUCCGGUGAAUCGAGCGGUCAAACUAGUUCUACUUCCAUUUGCGAAGAUUCCUUUGAAAUCAAGCUGGAAGUGUUGGAGGAAAAGCCCGAAUCGGAUAAUACGGCACCGAACUCUCCACUCAAUUCCGCUCUUGAUAGAUUCGCGCCUGUUGCCCUAUCGCAGAGGAAAACAAUCUCUGCUCAACAAAAAUUAAUGCUGCCGGAUUCAAUGAGACCAUCUUCUCGAAUAACUUCCGUGCCAGAAAAGGAAUGCGUUACCCCAAAAGCUCUAUCCCGAAUUCGCUGUGUUGCGUGCAUCCACGGAAAUCCUGUUGCAGAAUUCAAGAAAACUGUUCAAUCGGGAGUUUAUUCAAUGGCAACCAGACUCAACGAAAAAACUUUAGCCUCGGGAAAUCCUGAAGAGGCGACUGUUCUCGGUUCACUUUCUUCGGUUUUUCCCGGUGGGACAGAAACGACGCGACCGGUUCAACCCAUGACUGCCGUCAUUAACAGACCUCAACAAGUCCAAUUCGGCGAACUCAGCAAAUUGGCUGUUGCACAUAAUUGGCCUGUGGUGAAACUUGCCAAUAAACUAAUGAUACUUCAGGUUUCUGGCUUGGCGCUUCCUGAAGAUUUGCAGGAUCGGUUGUCCCCAUUCAAGAAAGACGAUGAUGACGAAGCGGAUCAAGACUCCGAAAUUAAUAAUCCUGUCAAUCAGGCUCCCGAUGCCACAAAACCUGGUGGAUCUAGUGGUAUAAAUCUUCUUCCUUCGAAUCUCUUCAAUUCACCCCCAGCUGAAUUUGCGGGAUAUCAAGGUCAAUUUAAUCCUUUUCGAGAUGAUCAUGAGGCGAAGGCAGAUUUUCUUCACAAUGAAUUGAAACUGGCACAAGCUCAACUCAGAGCCACCGCUUCCACUUCCCGCGUUCACAUUGUCCCUCCACGACCUCAACCCGGUUCCCUCCAGGCAUUCGAUGUGUGGAACCGCCUUAACGAGCGUCGAAAUGCGGAAAUCGGAAGACCGCAAAACCUACAGUCGUCUCAGCAACAACGAAAUUUGCCCAACGCUCCUUACUUUGAUCAAGGAAACAAUCCUUUCUUUGUUAAAGAUUUUUAA